AUGGCGGGUGGAAUGCACUUCCUCAUUGGCAUCGCCACAGAUGACUACGUAAUUUUGGCGAGUGAUAAAGCCACCUUCGCUUAUGGAGCUGUUCUCGCGGACAGCGAAAAUGAUAAGGAAUAUCGCUUGGGGAAGAAGUUAACAAUGAUGUGUAUCGGCGAAGAAGGGGAUGUAGCUCAAUUCGGUGAUUGGACAAAGCGAAAUAUCAGACUUUAUGCGAUCAGAAACGGCUACGAAUUAUGCCCUAGAAGUGCACACCACUGGAUUCGUCGGGGAAUCGCAGAAGCUUUACGUACUGAAGAUUACUAUGCAGUUGACAUCCUUCUUGGAGGGUACGACGACAAGGAAAAUAGAGCGUUCCUUGGUUCGGUUGAUUAUCUUGGCAAUGGAUUAGAUGAUCAACCGUACCUGUUCCGCGGCUUCUGUGGCCGGUUUUGCUACGCCAUAAUGGAUAGGGAGUAUAAAAAGAAUAUGACAGAAGAGGAAGGGCUCUCACUCUUACACAAGUGUAUCGCGGAGGCUAAGCGAAGAUUUGUCGCCAAUUUACCGGGAUAUAAGGUAGUCAUCAUUGACAAGAAAGGCUACAGACAGUUGACGGAUAUCAAAGUUUAA